UAAAUUUUUACAUUUUCUUUACAUUUUCCAGCAAUAAGGUGUUGACUGUCAUUGAGAUCAUUUGAAUUUUUCAAAAAUUAAAAUCUGUUUUUCUUCUCUUAAACUAAAAAUAAUUCCCUGGAAUAUCAGCAACAUGUGCGAAGUGCAGAAACUACUCGAUGGCCUCUGCCAGACUUUUGACAAUCACAAGAAGUUGCGCAGCGUGGAAAUGGUCAAGAUCCUGAAUCGCGUUCGCUGCUGUGAGUGUGGACACCAAAUGAGGCUUGCUAAGGCCCAGCAGAUUAAGUCUGAAUACCAGAAAUCAAAAUCUCAGGGCCAAACCCGAAAACUUCUGGUCGCCUGUUUCGGAUUGCUGUUCCUCAUCUACAUUUACGCAAUCUACGAGGCUCGAAGGUAUAAUCAUAAAAGGGCUUAUGGAAGUAGUGCCUGCGGAUCAACCUUUUUCUACAGCAACAACAACUGUGAUGUGUUCUACUAGGAAAAUAGUUCUCA